GCGUAAUUGCCUUUCGCAUCUCAUGGCUUUCGGUACAUAUUGGGACUGUCAAGCCCAGAGGUAGCCCAUCUAUCAUUCUUUGCCUCAAUUCUUGAUCAUUCAAGCCUCAUCAUGGACUACGAAACGAGCAAAUCAUGGUCAUGGCUACCGAAAUUUCUCGGGAAGUCAAAGGCGGAGGAAGCAGAUAUAACACCCACCGAGCAAACAUCACUACUACCGUCCUCCCCGCAUGAGGAAUGGUCUAUCGGCGAGACCCAUGAAUUUGAGGACGAAUCCGCAUCGAAUUUUCAACUGAUCUUACAAGAGUUCUGGAUCCUUCUGAAGGGUUCGUUACCUGUAGUUGUAGCAUAUGCGCUUCAGAACUCUUUGCAAACAAUAUCGGUGUUGAUUGUAGGGCGUCUAUCUCCAGAAGCUCUUGCCACAGCUGCUUUCUCCUACAUGUUCGCAAUGGCGACUGGGUGGCUCAUCGCACUCGGAGGAACGACGGCGAUCGAUACUCUGGCAUCUGCAAGUUUUACUGGAAGCAAGAAUCCCCACGACCUUGGUAUCAUUCUGCAGCGUUCAUUUAUCGUUCUCCUGUUGUUCUACAUACCAAUUGCCAUCAUGUGGAUCUGCUCGGAACCGCUAUUCAAAGCACUUGGUCAGGAAGAAUAUAUUGCACGCGACUCGGCUAGGUUCCUCUCUGUUCUCGCUCCUGGCGGGAUCGGCUACAUAUACUUUGAGGCGGUGAAGAAAUACCUACAAGCUCAAGAAAUUAUGAGACCUGGAACCUACGUCCUUCUGAUCACCUCCCCUUUGAGCGCGGGUUUGAACUACCUCUUCGUAUAUACUCUCAACAUGGGUCUUCUGGGCGCACCGCUCGCUACCGGCAUUGCCUACUGGGCGUCCUUCCUUUUACUUCUCGCCUAUGCACGCUUCGUAGAUGGCUGGCAGUGCUGGGGAGGUUGGGACCGCAAAUGCCUACAGAAUAUGUGGGUAUUUGCACGCCUAGCCUUCCUUGGAGUUAUACACGUUGGAACAGAGUGGUGGGCAUUCGAAAUUGUCGCACUUGUUGCUGGCAAACUUGGCACUAUACCGCUGGCUGCGCAAAGUGUAAUUAUGACUACGGAUCAAGUUAUGAACACUAUACCUUUCGGAGUAGGAGUUGCCACCUCCUCGCGUGUUGGCAAUCUCCUAGGAGCGCGCAAUGCUAAAGGCGCUGCGCGAGCCGCCAACACUGCGGCUGUGUUGAGCAUGAUACUAGGAGCCCUGGUACUGGCGGUGCUCAUGGGAGUCAAGGACUUCUACGCUAGGAUUUUUAACGACGAUAUUGAAGUUAUCAGGCUCACCGCAAAGGUAAUGCCCUACGUCGCGCUGUUUCAGAUUGCGGACGGCCUCAAUGGCAGCUGUGGUGGAGCGCUUCGAGGAAUGGGUAGACAACAUAUAGGGGCAACGGUGAACAUUGUUAGUUAUUACUGCGGAGCGCUACCACUAGGGAUCUGGCUUGCCUUCCAUGGUUGGGGUUUGGCAGGCUUGUGGGUUGGCCAAUGCAUUGCGUUGUACAUUGUAGGUUUCGCAGAAUGGGCGAUCGUAGCAUGGAGUAACUGGGACUACGAAGUCAAGAAGGCUUUCGAGAGGAUGGAUUCAGACGACAGGGCUGAGUUGGGUAUGCCGGAAGAGAUCACACCGAACGCUGUGUACCGGUAGCGCAGUUUGCAGGCAUUAUGGUGUGAUUGAGGCAAUUAUGGGCGUACUAGCAAAAGUGCUUAUUAGACAACAGUAAAAUAGAGGU